AGCAUAAACAUUUAUUAGAAAAAUUACAGAGAUGACUAAGUUUACGGUAUUACCACUCUUUGUUCUUCUCUUUCUUGUAUUACUCUGCACCAAGUCGUGGGCUAAGUCUGAAGAGUUUGAUGAGUCGUCGGACGAAGAAAACGACGUCGCUGCUGUACCGUCAUGUUGCGGGUUCUCGUCGCCUCUUCUGAUCAAGAAAGAUCAAUGGAAACCAAUCUUCGGGACCCAGUUCGGACAGAUCUCAACCGUUCAAAUCGGCGAGGGAUGCGGCGGGAUGGGACCUUACAAAAUACAUUCCAUAACGCUGGAGCCAAACGCUCUUUUGCUCCCUCUUCUUCUUCAUUCAGACAUGGUCUUCUUUGUCGAGUCUGGAAGUGGGAUUCUGAAUUGGGUCGAGGCGGAAGCGACGAGUUCUGAGAUAAGACGAGGGGACGUUUACAGGUUACGUCCCGGUACAGUAUUCUACUUACAAAGCAAACCGAUUGAUAUCUUUCUUGGAACCAAACUUAGGGUUUACGCAAUUUUCUCAAACACCGAGGAGUGUUUACAUGAUCCUUGCUUUGGUGCGUAUUCGAGCAUCACAGAUCUAUUGUUUGGUUUUGAUGAGACCAUUCUCCAGUCAGCUUUUGGGGUUCCUGAGGAAAUUAUUGGUCUGAUGACGAACCGUACGCAGCCACCACUGAUCGUGCAUGACAUGCUGAGCACGCCUGGUGAGGCCAACACCUACACGUGGCAGCUCCAACCGCGGUUACUCAAACUCUUUGCCGGAUAUGUUAGCGCAGCGGAGAACAAGAAGAAGGAGAAGAAGACAAAGAAAGCAAAGACAUUCAAUGUCUUCGAAUCGGAACCUGACUUCCAGAGCCCUAACGGUCGUACUAUAACGAUUAACAGGAAGGAUCUAGAAGUGUUAAGCGGCUCAAUGGUUGGAGUCUCCAUGGUGAAUCUAACUCAAGCAUCGAUGAUGGGACCUCACUGGAACCCAUGGGCUUGUGAGAUCUCAAUUGUGUUGAAAGGAUCAGGAAUGGUUCGUGUGCUUAGGUCUUCGAUUUCUUCAACAUCAUCAUCAUCAGAGUGUAAGAACAUGAGGUUUAAGGUAGAGGAAGGAGAUAUUUUCGCAGUUCCACGGUUACAUCCAAUGGCUCAAAUGUCUUUUAUAAAUGAGUCAUUAGUGUUCAUUGGGUUUACUACUUCAGCUAGGAACAACGAGCCACAGUUCUUAGCCGGCCAGAGAUCAGCUUUGCGGUUUCUUGACCGGGAGGUACUAGCUGCGUCGUUGAAUGUGAGUAGUGUGAUGGUUAAUGGAUUGUUGGGAGCUCAGAAGGAGGCGGCUGUGUUGGGAUGUCCUUAUUGUGCGGAAGGAGAGUUGGAGAAGCUUAAAGUGGAGACGGAGAUGAAGAAGAGGGAUGAUGAGAGGAAGAGAGAAGAAGAAGAGGCGAAGAAAGAAGAGGAAGAGAGGAGAAAACGAGAAGAAGAAGAAGAGAAGCAAUGGCCGCCACUGCCUCAACAACCACCGGAGUAGAAGUGGUGGCAGCCUCAG